AUGCCAGAAAAACAAACAUCGAAAAGACUGAACGAAACAAGAAAAUGUCUGAAAUCUCCGCAAUUCGCAUUUUUCGUUACUCAAAAUAUGAGAGGAAAGCAAUGCAACUAUUUAUUUUCAUUAGCUCAACUAAUGACAAAUGUUGUUAAAAAUGCAUGCAACUUUGUUGCUACAUACUCGAUUCAUGAAAUGUGCAUUUUAUUUGAAGACAGAACUAGAAUUCCGCUUACCAGACUUGGCUUGCAUGAACAUCUCAAUCAUCGAGGCGACAGAAAAGAAAUGAUUGAAGACGCGCAUCUUCAUUUAAAUAAAUUCUAA